AACAGCGAUAUUCGAAAUGGGUUGCAACAAAGCACUUCUUCUCUUGGCUCUUUUAGUAGCUCUUGUUCUUGUAGUGGCAGCAAGCAGAGACCUUGCUGAGACUUCUACUGAGAAGGAUUACGGCCUAGAUGAUGCCAAGUAUGGUGGAUAUCAAGGUGGUAAUGGGGGUUAUAAUGGUGGAAAUGGAGGCUACGGCGGAGGAUACAGCGGUGGUAAUGGUGGAUAUAAUGGCGGAGGAUCCAACGGUGGUAAUGGUGGUCGUGGAGGCUUCGGUGGAGGAAACCGUGGCGGAGGACGAGGAGGAGGGUGUUACUAUGGCUGCUGCAGGAGUAAUUACUAUGGAAGAGGGUGCAGAAGGUGCUGCUCUUAUGCUGGUGAGGCUGUCGACAAUGCAGAACCCUAAGCCAGGUAUGGAUCGUUAUACGAAUAAAACCGCAAUGUCGAUGAUCAAUG